AUCGAAGCAUAUUUCAAGGCGACUGGGUCGUGUGCAACUGCACGUCGAUAAUUUUGUUCACGGCCUCUUGUGGUAAAGCUUCUGAGAGAUUGUUCUCUAUUGUAGAAAAUACAUCUAUUUCUCCAGAACCUACAAGAUUUUAUGAUUCCAUGUAAAACAAGUGUGGAAUUUACAAGAAAGUCACGUACAUGUUAUGAUAGGUCGACGGUCAACGAGUGACCCAUCCUCUGAAGACAUUCCAUUCAUGAUCAGUUUGAAUAUUAUCCAGGUGCUAAGGGAAAACGCAUUGUCACACACUUUAUACGACACAAGUUUAUCGAAUAUCCUAUGCUUUCUCUACGGACAUAUCCCAAAUCAAUUAAAAUAGGAAAACAAAUACUAUACAAAUGCACAAAGCACAAAUUGAACUCCCAUCAGAGGAGAUGUGAGGAUGUGACACAUAUCACUGUCACUCAAAAUGACAAAUUGUCAAGUUGCUGGGAUAGAGAUGCGAAACAGCAAAAGUUUCAAACACUCGAAUUCGGUAAGUUCCUGACAGCGCUCUCUUAACGGUGCUUCUUUUUGCUUUCUCAUUAAUCAGAUUGUAGUUUUUAAUGAAAAAUGUUUGCUAACUUUUUUUAUUCAACCACGCCUCUUCCUCUACAAUAACGUAUAUCUUUGAUUAACCCGGGAAAUAUACGAUGGUAAUGAAUAAUGAGAAUACUUGUAUCCAAAUUGAAUGUUUUCAUUUUCUGUGAAUAAUUUUGUAUGUCUUCUAACCUUUGUACUACUAUUUUUAUUUAUUGCGCAGAAUUAGAUCUGUAGCUAAUGGAUAGAGAGCAUUAAAUUGGAGAAUCCCACAAGCGAAUUCAAUAGUUUGUAAUCAAUUGAAUAGCUAUUGUCCAAGUUAGGAAAACGAGCAAAUACCUAUAAAAGCACAAGUACCCAAAACUGAGCAAGAGAAAAUCCAACAUGAUGCAACCUGCAGGCAUUCGAGAGCCUUUGAUCGAGGCAUGUCAAAUACUAGCUGAACAAGAAGAUCUAAAAGUUACUGUGAAAGAGGCAUCGAAAGGAGCUCUGAUCGCAGGAUUUGGAGCAUUCUGUGGAGCAAUUCUUGGGGGACCUCCUGGGUUAGCAAUAGGAGGUACAAUAGGAUCCAUCAUUGGUGCAACUUCUCUGUCAAACUUCAAGCCUGUAGUGCAGAUUCUAAAGGAUGAGCUUGACUAUGAACAAAAAAUGAGACUAUCUCAAUGCCUAGAAGGAGUCAUGGAAGGUGUCAAUAAAGAAGAUGUAGCUAUGCUGGUCACACUUAUAAUUACAUCACCAUCCUUAAAGGAGGCAGUACUCAAAGAGUUGGGUAACUUUUUAUUGAAAGAAUUGAGUGUAACUAUGAUAAGAUGAACUAAAAUUCAUCUGAGUUUGAGCUAAGAAGUGAUAGUAUUCUGUGAUUAACAGUACAUUUUGUUUAUUUUUUUUUUUUGUUCAACAUUUAAUUAUACCAAAAAGACAAUAGUUACUUAUUAAUUUUAAAUAAUAAUUCAGGAUUGUCUGCAAGGUAGAUCAGAUUAUGUUCCUCAACAAAACCUUCAAACAAAUGGUGUUAUUGCUGAUUCUAUAUUUUGAGAAAAAUCUGAAAGAAAAUAUUUUACUUUGUAAUAAAUUAUUUUUGUGACAAUCUAUGAAAAAACUAUACUGGAGGUUUGAUUAAACAUAUCUGUGAAGUUUUUUUUAAUCAAUUCAUAAAUAAUGUGUGCUUAAUGUUACUGAAUGUUGUAACUCAUUUGUGUUGCCAUUGAAUAUUUUUGGAUUGUCCAAUUAUCAUCCAAGAGACUGAUGUACAUGAGAAUGUGAUUUUUUUUUUAAUAAAAUUUUUAAAAAUAAAACUCAUUUUUAAGUCCUGUUCACUUAGAAUCUUUUAUCCUAUCAGGAUGAUAAAGUAUUCCACAUAUUAUAGGAAUAUAGGUCAAUAAUUCACUUUUUGUCUCCCAAUACAAAAUAAUAAAACAUGAUAAUUAUGGGUGCUGAAACUUUUAAUGUCGGUCAAAAACUCCUUUAUAGUGAUUUAAGGCAAAAAAUAGGUGGCUUGAGACUUGCCUUCUCAAUUGAAAUAUAUUCUUACUAUUUUGACCAUGCUUCUUUUUCGUUUGAGAAUGUAUAUAGUAGAUUAGCCUCUGUCAGGGUGUAUACAGGGUUCAACAAGUAAUUGCUUUUUAGGUGCUUUAACAAUUUUGUGACAAC